GAGCGGAAAUCCGUCUGCAUUUGUUUUUGAUGUUCCUUAGUAUUUUCCUUUCAGUACACUUUGGCGAUAUCUUAAGUCACAAAUGAUUUCUAUGAUGACCGUGCUGACCAAGUCAUGAACUCACACGAGAAGUAGCAAGUGAUGUGAUGAUGGCUAAAGCCGAAGUUAAAAUCGCUGACACCAGUCUACCUCUGGGUUGGACCCGAGAAGUAAGACAGCGCAAAGAGGGGAAAACUGCUGGGAAAACAGAUGUCUACAUCAUUAGUCCACAGGGAAAGCGCUUUAGGUCCAGGACAUCUCUGCAAGAGUACCUGCUCUCACAGCAGGGCAGUACACUUGGGCUUCUGCCACUGAGUGACUUAAGUUUUGCAGUAUCUGUGACUAAUGGGAAACCAGCACCAUCAGGGAGACCAAGGGAGAACCAAACCAGAAAACGGCGAAGUCGUGAACUGGUCAGUGAUGCCUCACGGUAUUUCUCUUCUGAACUGAAUGGUUCAGCAGCACCACAGACCCCAGAGGCCAAAGCAGAGGAGAAAUGCACAGAAGUGGUGGAGAGGAGGCUGAACAUGAACGGAAGGGAUACAUGUCAUGAUAAUGACAACUCAGAAAAGACUGAUGUUGUUGAGACAUCAGCACCUAGCCUAAAUGUGCAGUCUCCGUCUGAGAGUGAAGGAGAGGAUGUAGUUGCAGAGGAGCAAGAGGAGAGGACAAGAGAAGAUUGGACUGUUGAAUCUCAUAAGGAAAGCGAGCAGAGUAUCAGCAAGGGGCAAACAGAUGAGCCCACUGAAGGGGAGGAGAGGCUUCAAGUCCCGUCGCAGAUCGCUGGGGAAUCCAAAUGCCACUCCCCCAUCAGAAGCAGCAAAACCAGCCUGGCUGGGGGCAAACGCACGCGUAGUCCUUACUUCAGUGGGAAGUCGCUGAGAGCCUGCUUGAGUCCUCCCAAGCGGAAGGCAUUCAAGAAAUGGACCCCUCCUCGUUCACCGUUCAACCUGGUACAAGAAACCCUCUUUCAUGACCCGUGGAAACUCCUGGUGGCAACUAUUUUCCUCAAUAAGACCAGUGGUAAAAUGGCAUUGCCUGUGCUGUGGCAGUUUUUCGACGGCUUCCCAACUGCAGAGGUGACCAGGAAAAGUGACUGGAGACCUCUGGCCGAUCUUCUGCAACCACUGGGCCUCAACACACUUAGAGCCAAAACCCUGAUCCGGUUCUCUGAUGAGUUCCUUUCCAAGCAGUGGAGGUAUCCCAUUGAGCUCCAUGGAAUUGGCAAAUACGGAAAUGACUCUUACCGCAUCUUUUGUGUGGAGGAGUGGAAACAGGUGACGCCUGAUGACCACAAGCUGAACGACUAUCACGCGUGGCUAUGGGAAAAUCAUCAGGCCUUGGGAAUCUGAAAAAAUGGAAAAGGACUCCCUGGUGUAUGCUGGUCUACAUACACUCAUUGCUAUAUGUGUUCUUCCAGUUCCAUGCAUUUUAGAGACAAAAAGCUUUAAACUAAAAUUGUAACAAUAAAAUGACAUAUGUAA